UUAUAAUUUUUUUUGGUAGAAAAUGGUCCAUUUGUGGAAGAAGUGUAUCAUCUUCAACAUUAUGCAGAGGGCUGGAAAGAUGGGCAGUGGGAAGAGAAAUUUGAUAAUCGAGACUGUAUCAAUGAACAUUCAUUUUGGGAAGACGAAACUGGAAACUACACUGGUUGGUUUUGGGGUUACUCUGGGAUCCAGGUUUUCUCUUUUACUUGUCUAUCUGUGCAAGGGCAUGCAAGUACUUUGAAGCCCCUUGUAAAAAAUUCAAAAGUACGUUCAGUAAUGUUUGAUAGGGCAGAAGUUGUUCUGCAUGAUCACUUUGGAGAUCAAGAUUUUUGGAAGGUAAGACGUAGCAUGAGAUUUGCCAAGCACUUGCGUGAAAUUGGUGAUGAGUUUCGAAGAAAGUUUUUAAACUCAUCCGAUGAAACUGAUGGCACACUACUCCAUGAUGAUUGGCAAAUGAUGAAAACUAAGUCAGGACAGGCAGUAGGAGGACCAUAUCUUGCUGUUCAUUUGAGACGCAAAGAUUUCCUACAUGGUCGUCCCAAAGAAGUUCCAAGCCUAAAACAUGCUGCUGAACAAGUUCAGAAAAUUUUACUUAAAUUGAAGUUGAACACAACUUUUGUAGCAACAGAUGCACCAGAGAAUGAAUUUAUGGAAUUCAAAAAGUACAUUCCAGGAGCCAUCAAAUAUAAUCCACCCCUAGAGGUGCGUCAACAAUACCUGGAUGGGGGCGUAGCCAUUAUAGAUCAGUGGAUAUGUGCUCAUGCAAAGUACUUUAUUGGCACCUAUGAGUCUACAUUUUCAUUUCGUAUUCAAGAUGAGAGAGAAAUUCUUGGAUUUGACCCUGACACGACCUUCAAUCGUCUUUGUGGCAAUAGGAAAAUGAAAUGUGAACAGCCGUCACGAUGGAGGAUAAUAUAUUAAAAUGACCCAUUGUUCCAUGAUUGUUUUAGAUCUUUUAAAAUACCUGGUGCUUCUUGUAUGCGUAAAUAAAUAUGUAUACACAAACAUUCGUGAACAGAUGCUAGAACAUAUAUUCUUGUGUUUUGUCACAGCAAGAGGAAAAAAAUGGUUACAACUAUUUUGCAUAUAAAGCUGUGAAAUAAGAAAGUUGUUUUCAAACAUAUGUACAGAUGGGCAUACAUUUAUAUUCUGUAAUAAAACUCGUGAUUUUCCCAAAAUGCACCUUCAGAUUUGUCAAAAUUAGUUCUACAACUACAUUUAAGUCCCAUAACUUAUAGCAUCAGUAUCAAUGUAAUAAUUGUCAGGGUCAUCAUCAUCUUGUAAAAUUUUUAACAACAAGUGCUUUAGGAAGUAAGAGAAAAUUAAGAAAAAGGUGGUUUUUCCUUAGAUUUGGAGACAUUAAUAAUAUGCAUUGACAAAGUGAUCAUAUUGUUACUCAGAUGCUCAGUGCUUCAUCUUGUCCUCAUUAAUACAUUUAAUUAUGUAUCAUUUGGACUGUUAUUAUCCUGAGUGUAAUUCAUCAUUUUCAGAUAUUAAAGUAAGUGGCAUGUGCAUGUCUAUUAAUUAGUAACAAUUAGCUACUUAAAAAUUAUUUUGCAAAUAUAUAUAUAUAUUUAUACAAAUAGAGUUUGAAUCUGAAUAAUAGUAGCCAU